AUGUCCCCGGCAGGGACAGAAUUUCGGUGUCCAGACUGCAACGUCCCAUUCGAUGAGGUAAGUUUUUUUUUUCAAAUUUUCACCAUUCACGCAUGUUCAAAGCGGUCGGUCGUAUUACGGUAAUUAAGAUAGGUUGGUAAUAAAUAGAAAAAUUGUGUACUCUUUGUGAUGUAAUUUAUCUUGUAACCUCGAGAAAAAGGUCCAAAGGUCCUUAACAAUUUGCGGAAAAAAAUUUCAAAAGAUUUCCCGGAUUCGAAAAUGAAUUAUAUAUGACCAAGAGUCAUUCUUAUAGUUAAAAUUAUAUUCAGGGAUUAUUUAAAAAUAUUUGUUAUCGUUUUUUUAUAAGUUUGACUCCAAUUAGAAAGCUCAAUUAUAUAUCAUUACAAGUUCUUUUCUAUACAAAAGUAAUGAGAUAACUGAACUUGAUCUUUUUUCAGGGAACUAGGAGUGAAUGGAGCGACUCUCCUCUUCCGUGCCCCUUCAUCGAGCAAGUGAAUGCUCGUUGUGCCAUUGUUAUCAAGCCAACUCAAGGAUAUUUUCAGUCGUCAGUUUUUCAUUUAUUUUAGCCUCCGGUACUUGUAAAGCUCUGUACAAAAAAAUUUAUCAUUGGGGCGCGCUUUUUCACACCUCUUUGAUUCAUUUUUUUUUUCUUCUAACUAAACAUUUCAUUUCAUUGCAAAAUAAAAAUAUUAUAUAGGUUGAUUACCUCUCAUCGAAAGAAAAUUUAAAAAAAAAAGAAAAAGAUUAAAAUGAGAAAAGUUCAAUUCGUUUUCAAUCUGGACCUCGCAUAAGCCUGAGGCCGUAUGCAAUAAAGUAGAAAAUGGUUUUUCGCCAUUUUUCUGAAAUUCGUAAAUGGCUAAAAUCAGUCUUUUUUAGACUGAAAUUGUCUCACUUCUAUCAGAAUCUUCUUAUAAGCCUUAUUCCAUCAGAUAAAAUCGAAAUCAAUGAUAUCCUAGCGAGUUCAAGGCCUUUUAAAUUUUCAGGAAAGUGGAAGAAAAUUAUUUUCCAGUUUAUUGCAUACGGCCUCUGGCUAGCCUGUUUUGAACAUAUGUCAAUCAGUUUUGAAUAAACGCUAAUUUAAUUUUUUGUACUAGUGAGGACCGAAUUCAGCCAAUGUGAAUUUACUGUGAUUUCUUUCUUUCUUUGCAAUUCAACACAUAAUGAAAAACCCUCAGCUGCUUUUAAGAGCAUUGGGCUGGUACCUGGUGUUGUUCAGCCGGUCAGGCAGUUGAUCGAACGUCCGCCAUGCAUCUAGUUUGAAGACGUCGUCAUCGCGACUUUGAUCAAGGAGAGCGGAUUUCUUGUCAUGGCGAUUAACUGAAGUUUCAAAUACAAGAGACUUUCAAACACGGAGAAAGAGGAUAUAAAUUGUUUUUUUUUUCUAAUUUUUUGACUGAUUAGCUUUGUAAAGUCGUAAGUUAGUUAGGGAAGCUUUAUGCAGUCAGAAGAACUAACUAGGCGGUGCGCUAGAGCUCCGCUCGGCCUUGUCAGAACUAAGAUUCCUAGACGCCGAAGGCCGUGACGGCAUUUUCCGCGGGGGUCCCAUCAUCGCUUUGUCAGCAUCGCGCUGCCAACAGUUUAUGCUUCGGCCACUGGAAUGGGCUUCAGCGUGACUUUGCGUAUCCAAUUUGCAAGCAAAGAGGAUCGGCACUCCGGGAGUCCCGCGGCCUAAUCUACUAGCGCUUACAACUCAGAAACUUGUUUUGGAAGUUAAAAGAUUUAUGAAAGUUUAAAACUCAUCUUGACGUUGAAUGUAGAACCGAGACGACUCAUGAGGGAAGCAGGAAUGACGUUUGAACCCAGGUCAUACAAAAAAAAAAAUGACACGUUGCCACGUGGCUUUUUGUACGUCUUAUUUUUUUCACUAUCAAGAAAAUGACGCCUUGCCAAGAAGUUCACGUUUUUUUUUUGCAGAGAACUAAAUUUAUUAUUAUUUUUUUUGAUUGAAACUCUGGUUCAUAUGACGCAAAAAGUUAGAGAUAUUGGAGACACUAAAAAAACUUUUUAAAAAUUCAAAAAUUUUUAAUUUUUUUGGGCUCACUAGUUUUUCGCGGUUUUUGUAUCUUCUUUUUUUCUCUCGUAGAAAAAAAUGAUUCGUAUAAUUAGAGCCAAAAAUAAAUUUUUCUGAUGAAGUUUGAAGCUGUAUUAUAUGAAUAAUCGAAAUUACAUUAUUUUUUUCUAGUUUUUUUGAUGGUUUUUUUCGAAAGUAAUUAAAAAAACACUCUAGGUUUUUUUAAAAUUACUACUUCCUAUCAAUUAAUUGUUAUUUUGAUGCUAAUUUUAAUUUUUUUGUUUUUUUGUUUUUUUGAGUGCUGUUGAAGUUUUCUAAUUUCAAUCUUUUUUUCAUAUUUAUAAAUUUUCAUUUGAUAAGAGGUAAUCAACCUAUAUAAUAUUUUUUUUCUUCUAUUUUUUUGUAAUGAAAUGAAAUUUUAUUGUUCGCUCACAGACAGAAUUCUGUGGCGUGAAGGGAGAACCAGGGACUUUAGUAGCGUCAGCGUUUUUAAGUGACCCCUGAAACUGAUCAGAAACGUCCGGAGCUUUUCUCGUUACGAAUUUCCGAGAGAAAUUAGAAGAAAAAAAAAUUGAAUCAAAUAAAUGUGAAAAAGCGCACCUCAAUGAUAAAUUUCUUGUCCAUUUACGUGAGGCAAGCUGUACAAAAAUGCUCGUUUAUUUUUCGAAAAAAAGGAUUUUUGCGCUUUCAGAUACAAAAUUGGCGAUGAUUUGCAUAUUGGCAUUUCGGAUUCCCAGUCCCUGGUUCACUCUUACUGGACCAACGGCGUGACAGCCCAAGGCAGUUCCUGGGACAAAUCCAUUGUCGUUUUCGACUUUUUGCGAUUUUUCGCAAACGAGCAUCUUCUUGAUAAUGCCCUCUUCAAGUUUAUCAACGAGUCGGCCAAUCAUUUUCAUGGGCAGGUUAGAAAACUUUAAUUAUUAUGAUUAUUGAACUUUAAGAACGACACUUCGUUAUUUCUUAAAAAAAUAAGCUUUUUUUAUAAUUUUUUUAAAAAAAUUUAAUAGUUUUUUUAUUAGUUUCUGUGAAUAAUUGACGUUAACUUGACCUUCAAAUAGUUUUUUUCACAAUUCCAUUGGUUUUCCAAUAUAUAUUUCACUUUAAAUUGGAAAUUUCAUCCUAAUUAUUUUUCCGUACGGAUACUUUCUUUCCGAACAAUUGCUUUCAGAACUACAACAGCUUGGAUUGGAAUUGCUUCGAUUUCGUGACCGAAUUCCUGCGAAAUAUCAAUUUUCGAAACUAUUCAAAAGUCCAUUUUGUUUGUGAGUUCAUUCAGGAUUCCUUGAAAAACGCCAUCAAGUACUGUAGUUUGGUGAGCAAGGUGCAAGAGAAGGGUUGUAUUAUGAUUGGGUAGGACGUUUUUUGCAUAAUAGGCCUGAUUCACUAACUUUGUCAUUUGCCAAAGAUUAUUUACACACGUGUCUUGGAUUGAAUUUUUUUGGUUAUUUCCUUACUCACUUUGUCAUUGAUGUAUGAUUUUAUUUUCUACCUCCAUAAAUAUUUGAUUCAUCUUCUUUGGGUUUUUCUUUCUUUCCCGGUUUAAUGACCCUUUUAUUUAUUGAAUUCGAGCUUUCGAACCGAUUAUUCUUGGAUUUUUUGACAAACGUCAGUUUUUUAAAAGUUAGAAGUUUGCAAGGAAACUUUUAUUUAUACUCAAUUUUCUCGGGCUAGUUUUAUUAGGUUUUAUUACGUGGAGAAAAAAGUUCUUUAUUCUCCAUUUUGUACAUUAAUUCCGGUGCGAACUUUGUUUUCAACGUUUUUCGAAGCGAAAGUUGAAAAUAAGCUGUAUUCGGGAGCUUCUUCUGGCUCCUGUAUGUCUUAAACGCGUUUGAAAUGCUAUUAGCUUCUUCCUCAAUUUUUUUUCUUGAGGGUCAUGGCGGAAUCAUUAGAAGACGCUUCCUGUUCGCUCGACGCCGACCGGCUGAUCGACGAGUGCAGCUUCCAGGCCAGCCAGUUCGACAUCUUCAAACACGACUACCGCGAGUACACCGACGUCGAUUGCAAAGGUCUUCUGAGCCCAUAUCUGUCGGGAUUCUGGGAGUUCAGACCACGACGAUCACUCAAAUUGCACUCAAGACGUCAAGGAGAAGAAGGAGCUGGUUAACGUGACGCGAAGGCUACAAAAAUCGAUAGCUUCCAUCAAGCUGUAUGUUUUGGAGUGAAGUUGAAUUGGGCUUGAUGCGUUCUGAAGAUUAUGCUUAAUCCGUGAAAUCUUGGACAAUAAAAGAAUUUUCUCGCUAGAGGGCCUUAUGAAUUUUCUCAAGGCUCCUUUAGAGUUUAAGUAAGCUUUUUUCGAACGAUUUCAUAUGUUGCUUUAGCUUCCUCUUCCGUUUCCUUUCUUCUAACUUGAAAAUAGCUUAAAUUUCGGAACAGUUAUUCCAGAAAAUCCAUAGAACUAUGUUUUUAGUUGUUCUCCAAGCUCCGACUGAAUUUCGUUAUAUAUUAUGAAACCGCCAUGCAAUUCCACAAACUGCAGAGUAUCUCGACUAAAAAUAGUUAAUUUAUCAAUAUUCGAUGUUCGAUGUUUUCGAAACGCUUUGAGAUCUCAAAAGCUUCGUCUUUUUUUUGAACUCAAUCACCACUGAACAUUGCGGCGAUUCUAAUUCAGAACUUGAUCCUUUAAUUCGCGACGUUAAUUUUGAACGCACAAAUAGGUUAUAAGAGGUCGAAGAUUAAACUUAUUCCCGCCAAAUUGAUUUUCUUUUUCUUUCUAGAAAGAACAAAAACGGCGCACUGGAUAGCCUUCUGUCAGCACUAGAAGACGUCAAUCAUAAAAUAAAGGAGAUGAUCAAAUGGGGAGAAGCCGAAUUUUCCACGACGACUGUCGAUUUGCCCAAGUUUGACGUGACGGACAUGGAGAUGUUCCUCGGCGACGGCGAAGUUUUUCUUGUUUAUAUAUUGUUUAGUAUGUAAAAAAAAGUGGGAUGAGGAUAGGAAUUUUGUUUGGAAAAAUGGAUUAUAUGGAAAAAUUUGUAAAAAAAUUUGUGAACGUAACUUGGAAAGAGAUAACCAAAUUCAAAUUGAUUCUAAGAAAACGGGAAGAAUUUCAAAUUAAGUGUAGAGAACUUGAAAACAUUUCAAGUUUUCAUUCUACUCCUUUCAAUUGUCAACGAAAAGUGCAUAAUCCAAAUAUUAUUUUAUUUUCCGAAAAUGUCAGUUUGUUUCAGGGUUUCCAACACAACUCCAUGCUGAAACAGAUCGAGCAACAGCGAAAUUUCACCAAAACCGAACUGAAUCGACUUACAGCCGAAGCCAACAUUCUGCUGCAGGAAUACGAACACUUGAGAAAUGGUAUCACGGGUUCCUUGUAA